AAGUGUUUGUGUGAGUUGGUCUCCGCAGUCGUUCUCGUUCCUCGUCGUUAGAGUCUCGGAGCAGUUUGACGUCCAGCGACGUGAAGAACGAUGAACGUGGUUCCUCUCGUGUGUCUCUUUCUCCUGACUCGGUCCGGGACAACGUCUGCUGCUGGACACGGAGUCAUCAAAGUGAAACAAGACAGUGAUGUUAUCUUACCUUGUUCCCUCGACUCCAAGGAGAACAUCGUAGCAGGUGUCUUUGACUGGAAGAAAGUAGCUCAGAGAGAUCAAGGUCAGAAGGAGGUUUUCUAUUAUGAUGCAGGUGAUCAUUACAACAGCGGCCGUGAUGGUCAGAGUCCAGAGUUCAGAGGACGAGUCUCACAUUUUCCAGAUCAACUGAAUCAGGGCAACGCCUCCAUAAUCAUCAGGAACACGAAGGUGGAGGACACUGGGAGCUACACCUGUAAUUUUCCACGUCUUCAGCCACCUCAAACGUUCUCCGUUGAGCUUGUUGUUGAUCGCGUCUUAAGAGACAGAUCAGGAGACCGCACAGGUGCAGCUCCAAAACCAAUCAUCACAUCUCUUAAUCAAACAAAGGACUCGUCCCUGCUGCAGUGUGAAGCUCAUGGAAAUCCUCGACCUGAAGUAGAAUGGCGGAACAGUUCUGGAAACAAACUUCCUGCUGAUGAACCAGAGUUCUCAGUGAGAGGAAACAUCUCCUACGUCAAACUCAGCAUCACUGUGAAGGAGACGGACCUCUAUCGCUGUGUAGCCACACAGGAGAACAUCAGUCAUCAGAUUAAUGCUGAGAUCCCUGUGACUAUAAGUGGCCCCGAACCAGAGAAACCACCAGGGUUUUCCACUGGAGCGGUUGUUGGUGCAUUUUUGGGAGGUGUUUUAACUACUUGUCUUGGUGGGUUCCUAUACAAGUGUUACAACAAACAAAAACCUAAAGAAGGAAAGAAAAAAGACCCAACAGCAGAGGAGAUGAUCUAACAGAAGGGAACAUAGAACCACUAACAGGGAACCAACCUUCAGGAGACCCUCCGAUAUCCUGACUCCACAUGUUUCUGUGUGAUCUCCUGCUUAACAAUCAUAUUAUUCAAUAACUAAUCGGUCAUAACUGAAGUGGAUGAAAUGAACGUUACUCUGCUUUUCAAUUUACUGUUUUUAUGUAAAUUCUGUUAAAAUUUGCGUCUCAUUUGGAUCAAAACUUGACUUUGAGGACGUUUAAAGGACAAGAGGACAUUUAACCUUCA